AUGAAUUCUGAAGAGUUCCGCAAAGCAGCGCACUCAGCAGUAGACGAGAUCAUUGACUACUUCGACACUGUUCAAGACCGCCGUGUUGUCUCCAACGUUGAACCAGGCUAUCUACGCAAGUUGUUGCCCCCGGCUCCGCCAGUCGAAGGAGAAAAAUGGGAGGACAUACAGAAGGACAUCGAAGCGAAGAUCAUGCCCGGUCUGACCCAUUGGCAAUCCCCUAACUUCAUGGCCUUCUACCCUGCAAACACAACCUAUCCUUCGAUGCUCGGCGAACUCUACUCUGCAGCAUUCACGGCACCAGCUUUCAAUUGGCUAUGUUCACCUGCGGUCACCGAGCUUGAGACGAUAGUCCUCGACUGGCUAGCGCACAUACUGCACCUCCCAGACUGCUUCCUGAGCGAAGGAAAAGGUGGAGGGGUGAUACAAGGAAGUGCAAGCGAAGCAAUUGUCACGGUCAUGGUUGCCGCGAGGGAAAGGUACCUGAAUCAAGCUUGUGAAGGACUUGAGGGGAAAGAGAGAGAAGAGAAAAUGAACUGUACUCGAGGACGCCUGAUCGCUCUUGGUAGCGAGCAAAGCCAUAGCAGCACAGCAAAAGCAGCCUUGAUCGCUGGCGUCCGCUACAAGUCUAUUCCAACGCGGAUGGAAGACGGCCUUGCUUUGACGGGGGAUGGUUUACGCAUGGCGUUAGAUGAGUACGCACGCGACGGUCUCGAGCCCUUUUACCUGACGACCACUCUUGGCACCACAGGAACCUGCGCCACGGAUCAGUUCUAUGAGAUCGCGGAGACUCUGAGAAAAGCCCACGUGUCCACAAGGAUCUGGGUCCACGUAGACGCGGUUUAUGCCGGCGCGGCUCUCGUUCUUGACGAAUACCAGCAUAUAGCGGACCAGUUUGCCGCCUUCGACAGCUUCAACAUAAACAUGCACAAAUGGCUCCUCACGAAUUUUGAUGCCAGCUGCCUCUACGUCCGUACCCGCGCCGAUCUGACAUCUGCCCUUAGCAUCACUCCCUCUUAUCUCCGCAAUCCUUUCUCAGACUCCGGCCUCGUGACCGACUAUCGUGAUUGGCAGAUCCCACUGGGCCGUCGUUUCCGUGCAUUGAAGAUCUGGUUUGUUCUCCGUUCAUAUGGAGUUAAUGGGCUCAAGGCGCACAUUCGGAAGCAUAUCGUCAUGGGCGAGAAAUUUGCCGCGUGGGUUAGAGAAAGGGAUGAUCUGUGGGAAAUUGUGACGCCACCGGCUUUUGCGCUCACCGUGAUUACAAUUGCUCUGCCAGCUCGGUCAAAGGGCACACUGCCCGAUGGCAUGACAGAGCCGAGGGUGACGGAUGGCGUGGCAACUUCCAACACUCUCCCUUCCACAAGUGAAGAAAAUCGAGAUCGCACGAAUGCGUUGACGAAGAAGAUCUAUGAAAGCAUCAACGCCGCCGGCGAGAUAUUCUUGACCAGUAGUGUUGUUAAGGGCAUUUACUCCAUCAGGAUUGUGAGUGCGAACGAGAAGGCUGACGAGGCGCAUCUGAGACGCGCAUUUGAGAUCCUUGUAGACACUGCUGAGAUGGUCAUAUCAGAGAGCAAAGCCGAGAUAUAG